GAGCAAAGCACACAUAUUCUUUUUCUGUUGUUGUUGUUUACGGCGGUGUAUGCGUAAAAGGUAUUCCGUUGAACCAAGUUUUGGUUUCCUUUUUUUCUUUACUCGGAAAACAAUUUUCACACAAUAUAAUCCACAGCAUGCACGGACGUCGUCUCUUGGCUCACGGCCCCGCUGCCACACCGUGCCGCUCCCAGUGGCUGUCUACGUCGGCCGACCUUGUGGCUUCCACGACUGCUGUCGAAUUCGGCAGCGUUGCAUUCGUCCCCGCAUACCACGGAAGCCCAAGGCUUUUAAGUCGGUGGUCGUGCAGCGCCGCGGCUUUUUGGCGGCUCUUUUCCCCUUAUUGCUGCUUGAAAGGCACGUACUUGGUGGAGCCUUGGGCCAAUAAGCCGGUAGGCUUCUACGCACGUACCGCUUCGUGUCGGGGCGGCGGUGGAUUUGUAAGGCGCAGUCUUUGCGCAUCGCUGCGGCCGACAUCUGCCGCUGCCCUGCUAAAUAAUGCCUCUCCGUCCUUGUGUUUACAGCAGAAUAUCUUGAUAGCAGCGCGGGCCCUUCACUCGACCCCGCUGCAUCUUACCGGUGCGUUGACGCACGACGCGGCUGCCGCGCAACGCACCGAUGCGGCGGAGGCGAGCGACCGCCUCUCCUACGACCCGGAGCGUCACGUUGAGAGCGCGGAAGCGGUGCUGCGCGAGGUGUACGGUCCGCAAGCCAAACUUGUUCUUCACCGUCUCACGCAGCAUCAAGGACAGGCCGCGCAGGAGGCCAAAGACGCCGAAGUGGGGCAGCACGAAGGCGCCAUCGACGCAGCGGCGGCGUCGGCCGUGGUUAGAGUCGCAACCCCCACCCGCGGAGUGUACUACCGCGCCUCCGCCACCUUUCGCUUUCUCGGUUUCGCGGUGGAGCUGGCGGUUGCCAAGGGCCCUCGUGCGAAGGAAACCAUCGAAUCCUGCCUGCAGCAGGCACUCGCCAGUGAUAUCACGUUUAUCCGACCGGGUGGGCACGACUUCAACAACCGUAGCAUUCGAGGAGGGGGUGGUGGUGGUGCAGAGGACGCCGCCGCCGUUUCACGCGACCGACGUCACCAGACAAACGCAAAACGAAAACACAAACACCACAACCACAACGCUAGUACCACCGGGUUCACGCAGAGGAACGCGCACGCGAUGUCCCCAUCGCACGCAUCACGGCUGACGCCACACCAGCUGGAGCUGAAAGCCAUCGUGGACGACUUGCGGCAGCUGUGCGCUCACUUUAGCCGUGGUGUGAAGUUCUCCGUCAAACCGCCCUUUGCUAGGCGGCAACGGAGAGCAGCCACGGAAACUACAAGUGCAGCAAGGGGAGGGGAGGAAGGAUGCGAAACGGAAAUGGGGAACGAGGAAGGGCGGCGAGAGGACGCGAUCAUUGAAGAUAAGCAGUGGCGGUGCCGGUGCUACGUGAAGGAUGAGUGGAGCACCUUGGCGCAAGCGCGCCUCGUCUUUGAGAUGGCCGGCAGCUCACCCAACGACGCCCUCGUGCGGUGCAUCACCCAGCUACGUCAACAGUACAAGGAGGAGCUAGAGUCGCCCGCCGUCCUCGAGGAAGGCAUACGGGAAGUUAAGGGGAUGGUGCAGUCGCAGCACAAAACGGUCACCACCACCUGCAUUGCAGAGCCAACGAGCCCAUCUCUUUUUUCAUCCGCAGUGCCCACGUCCGCGGCUUCCCCUGCUCUUUCGAGCUUGACGGAGUUGCCGACGUAUCGCGCGCAUGUGGACGUGACGGAUGCACGCGGCAAUACCACGUCCUACACGGCACGUCAAAAAGCCUCGCCGUAUGUGGCCUACGAGGCCGCUGCGUCGCUGGCGCUGCGGGCGGAGACGCUCUGGGACAGCGAGACGCAUCUCCUCUCCGCAGGCCUGCCGACGCCCCCGCUGCUGUGGCGACUGCGGUGGCAGUUUGACCUUCUGCUCGACCACAUCUGCCGCGAGACGGGUCAGGCGCCGGAGGAGGUGGCGUGGAUUCAGCUCACGGGCGACACCUCACAGCACGCAUCUGAACAUCAACACAACGACCGUGUGGAGACAGAUGGCGGCGGCAGCGGUGCCGUCGACCCGGCCGUGUCGGACAGCCUCGGACCUUCGCCAAGUGGCGUCAUCAGCGGCGUGGUCGUCCCGCCGGUCCCGCCCCGCUUCAUCGGCUCCCUCUACUCAGAACGCAACGUCUUGGUGUGGCAGACAAGCGGGGGCGGUCGCUACCGAGUCGAGUUCGACACCUACGUGCAGGCGCUCUACCACCUGCUCGACCAGUACGCGGACUGCCUCUCUACCCUCCCCUGCAUGGGCCGCGGUGUAGGCGAGUGUUUGCUGUUUCCCAGCGCCAGAGUAUUGGACCUGCACGUGCUCCGGCACGACGCCUUCCCAGUGCUGCAGCACCACCGCGGCAACGUUAACUGCUACGCGCUGCUCGGCACGUUGACGUCGCAGCUGCUGGGCUGCCCCUACAUCACGCACUACCACUUCGACACGGUGACGAGCGAGUACGUGGCCACCCUGACGGUGAACGACGGACGCGUUACGAACCAACCAUUGAUUCAGCGGCGAUCCAAGAGGAAGGGAGAGUCGUGGCGCUUCGCCUGCCUGGAUGCGAUAAAGGAGAACUUCCCUCGGCAGUACACCGCCAUUUUAGACCGCUACCCGGAGUUGGACCUCUCGGCGGACGACAUGGCGCGCAGCGCCCACCUGCGUGCUUUACCGCGUGAGAAGCGCAUUCCAUACUUUGUGAACCUGUCCGUAAUGAUGCUGGCCUUUGCGGAGGAGGACCUGGGCUGGCGGCAGCCUCGGGUGCGGCUGCGCAACCUCGCCAACAGCCUCGGUCUCCCGCAAUGGACCGCCGAGUUAGAGGCGCAGGUGGAAGGCGAGGAGGGUCGCCGCGUCGUGGCCGUCUCGGCCUCCUUUCCACAAAUGCAAGCCGCGCGCCGCUCGCUCAUCUACCGCCUAGGAAAGCAGUACUUCCCGAACGAGUUGGCGACGUAUAAGUCGUUGAAGCGCAGCGACAUCAUCGACCCCGAGACGGAGGAUGGGCCGCGGGUGAACAAGUUCUACACCCCCAACGCGACCAUCAACUCCUCCAUGGUGAGCCACGUGCUGGCGCUCAUCGACGGCCGGCACCCGGCGAGUGCGCCGGUGCGCUUCACCCUCGAGGCACGGGUGAAGGGGGCGGCGGAAGAGACAAGUGUGGAGGGAGGCGGGCUGACGACGGCGGCUUCCGCGCUCGCCGACCCGCACGGACUGCUGGACAUGCGCUACGUGGAAGGCGACACGCUGCUGCUGAACACACAGGACCCGGUCAGUAUUUUACGAUCCCCACGCAUCGCCUACACGGCCCGAGUGCUGGGCAACCGCGGCGAUGUCCUCAUCGCCGACUUCGACUCCGACAGCGCCACCACCGCGGCCGACGCGCAGGCGGUGCCGGUACUCGUGACGGCAUUGAAGUCCGCCUCCUUCCAUCUUGCUGGGGGCGAUGCGGAGACGCUGUGGACCGAGUACGAGACGCACCCCCUCCCGGCCGUCACCUCCUCGCGGGUACUGCCCGUGGCGUUGUUCGAUCGGUUUUUUGGCAGUGCCGCCUUGGGCGAGGCAACCGCACCGACUCUCCGCGCCAUUCCACCCACCACCCGCGGCAGUCCUGCUACUGCUGCCGCUGCUCCGAGUAGGGGCAGCUCAGCGGCGGCCACAACGGCGGUGGGCGGCGUCGAUGACUUGAUUCUCUCCACCGUCGACGCCAGCAUCACGGUGGUGACCACGCAGGUGGGAGAGUACUGGUUUGGCACGGCCGUGCUGCCUCGCCUGGGCAUGCUGCCUAUCGCACGGGCGGUCGCCUCCAACAAGCGCAAGUGCAUCUCCGACGCCCUCAUCGCCGCAGCACGGCACAACUUCCCACGAGUUCUGCAGUACGCUAUCAAGCACGACGUCGCGGCCGCUGCUAUUGCCGCGGAUAUCUUGACCGAGAACAUCGUGGAGCAACUCCCUCCGUCCAUCUGCCAAGACUUGCUGGCGCAGCUGGCGCGCAGGAAGAGCACGAGGCCUCUGCCGCCCUUCCAACUGUUGGUGCGGUGCACCAGGGAGACCUACCCGAGUCGCGAGCGCUUCAUUCGCGUGCAGCAGACAUACGACACCACUCACGGUUUCCAGUACCGUCUCUACCUGCAGCGCGGCCGCGUGGUGCGACCCGGGGACAUGCAACUGGUGGGCUACGGCGUGUCCACCACCUCCGCCUCUGCGGCGCUGCACCGAGCAUCCGUGAUGGCGCUGGAGAACUUGUAUGAGUCGCCGCUGUACGCCGCUGUUGCCGCGCAGCCCAGCUACCGGGAGCCGCCAUCAGAGAACAAUUGA